GAAGGAGAAAAAAACUUCCCUUAUCGUUGGUUUUUUUUUUUCUUUGGUAUCAAGGGGGGUUUUGUAUUUAUUCUGUCAAAAUGGUUAAGCUAGGCAAAUCUUCGAAGCGGACGCCCGUCCGGUUACGGCACAAGAUUGAGAAGGCUUCUGCCGCGAAGCAACGGAAGCAGAGAAAGCUUGCUAAGAAGAACCCCGAAUGGCGUUCAAAGGUCAAGAAGGAUCCGGGUAUCCCCAAUUUGUUCCCUCACAAGGAAAGACUUCUUCAUGAGAUGGAGGAGAGGAAGCGGAUGAAGGUUGAGGAGCAGGAGCGCAUCCGUGAGGAGGCGCGCGCUCGCAAGAAGGCCCAGAAGGAGUCGCAACAGCAGGGAGAUGAUUCCAACAACAUGAUCGUGAACGAUGUGGACCUGGAGGGUGACUCUGUCGAUGAAGAUAUGGAUGAGGAUGAUGGAGAUUCGUCGAACCCCAUGGCUGCUCUACUUGCCUCGGCGCGCGCUCGUGCAGCGGAGUUUGAUGAUCAAGAUGGAAGCGAUGAUGACGACGAGAUGGACGAGGAUGAUGACGAGGAUAUGGAUAUGGAUGAGGAUGAGGAGGAAGGUGGUGCUGCGCUGGGCGAGUCCGCUCCCCAGCUUGUUUCACAGAAUCACAGCAAGGAGAGCUCCCGGCGGCAAUUCGACAAGGUGUUCAAGCAGGUUGUCGACGCUGCGGAUGUAGUUUUGUAUGUGCUUGAUGCUCGUGACCCUGAGGGUACCCGUUCUAAGGACGUGGAGCGGGAGAUUAUGGCCGCGGCUGGUGGAAACAAGCGGAUGAUCCUCAUCCUCAACAAGAUCGAUCUUGUUCCUCCGCCCGUGCUAAAGAACUGGCUGGUCCAUUUGCGCCGUUACUUCCCCACCUUGCCGCUCAAGGCUUCAAAUGGCACUGCCAACGCUCACAGCUUCGACCACAAGCAGUUGACUGUUAAGGGUACAUCAGAGACGCUUUUCAGAGCCCUCAAGACCUAUGCACACAGCAAGAACCUGAAGCGGUCCAUCUCCGUCGGUGUGAUUGGUUACCCCAACGUUGGAAAGUCCUCCGUCAUCAAUGCCCUCACUGCCCGUCUCAACAAGGGCUCCAGCAAUGCAUGCCCCACCGGUGCCGAGGCCGGUGUCACCACUACCCUGCGGGAGGUGAAGCUAGACAACAAGCUCAAGCUGAUCGACUCCCCCGGUAUCGUAUUCCCUAAUGCUGAAAAGAAGAAGAGCAACAAGAAGCAGGUGGAAGAGCGUGCACGCCUUGUUCUCCUGAACGCCAUCCCGCCGAAACAGAUUGAGGACCCCAUUCCCGCCGUAUCAUUACUUCUCAAGCGUCUGUCCACUUCCGAUGACCUCACGUCGAAGCUGCUGCAACUCUACAACAUCCCCACCCUUUUCCCCUCCGGUGACCAGACAACCGACUUUUUGAUCCACGUUGCCCGCAAGCGCGGUCGUCUGGGUAAGCACGGCGUGCCUAAUAUCGAAGCCGCUGCCAUGACCGUGAUCAAUGACUGGAGAGACGGACGUAUCCAAGGUUGGGUCAAUGCCCCUGUGCUGCCAGUUGUCACCACAACCGAGGGAGCAUCGGCUCCUGCAACGGAUGUGGAUACGAGACAGGUUGUUACUGAGUGGGCGAAGGAGUUCAAGAUUGAGGGUCUGUGGGGUGAUGGAACAGCCGAUGGGGAGAUGGCGGAAUAAUCUGGUUUAUUUAUUCUUCUCUGCUAUGGAUACAUGGAUACCAAAAAGGCGUUGCCUGGUUUUUUUGCUCUUAAGAUGGUAGAAUGAUGUUCUUCAGUGUCGAUAUCAAGUUACGAUCAAAAAUGGCCAUAUAUAUAUUAUAUCGCUUUACCUAGUCAUGUAGAUGGGAUAGGGUUCUUCUC